CUCGCAGUCACACAACAGCAGAUUCUACAACUUCUUGGGAACGCAGGACUCAGAGGACUCUUCGCAAAUGUAGUUGGCCAGCAACGAGGUGGACUUGUCGCCGACGAUGACGAUGAUUACGAGGACGACUCAUACCUUGGCUGGCACGCUAUGGGCAGAAGGGCUAGGAGGCCUAAGAGAGAAGGCUCUGGAUACCCCAAGGUUCCAAGUGAGGCUGGAAAGAAGCUGAUGGAGUCUGGUACUUUCGGCACCACCGAGCGCCUACGUGGAACAUAUGGUCGUAAGAGGAAGCUCGCAUACCGAAACAUGAUGCGUGAGCUUGGUGUGGGUGGCUACGGUGCUCAGAGGAGUGCCAACAAGCUCAUAUCUCAGACCAUGAUACCCUCAACACAGGCCGACAGCAUUAUCAACUAUAACCAUCGAUGUUACUCUGGUCAGUUUUCCGAUGAUGGCAACUUCUUCUUCUCCUGUGCGCAGGACUUCAAGGUUCGCAUGUACGAUACCUCGAACCCAUACAGGUGGAAAUACUAUAAGACGGCACACUAUUAUGGCGGUCAAUGGACUAUUACCGAUGCAACCUUGAGUCCGGAUAAUAGAUUCCUGGCGUACAGCUCCAUCAGAAGCGCUGUCUGUCUUUCCCCUACAGAUCCCGACAACACCAUGGAUCCCACUAUACUCGACUUUGCUGAUAUGGGACAAGCCACGAGUCGAAGGACUGGACGUGGUUGGGGUCAUUUUGGUAUCUGGUCACUUCGAUACUCUGGUGAUGGACGCGAGAUCGUCGCCGGCACCUCAGAUUCGAGUGUGUAUGUAUACGACAUCGAGACGCGACAAUCAAUACUCCGGAUCCACGGUCAUAGGGACGAUGUCAAUGCUGUGUGCUACGGAGACAAAACCUCACCACAUAUCUUGUACUCAGGAUCAGACGAUACGACGUUGAAGGUCUGGGAUCGGCGAUCAAUGGGUGACGGACGUGAAGCUGGUGCAUUCGUUGGUCACACCGAAGGAAUCACUUACAUCGACAGCAAGGGUGACGGCAGAUAUGUGCUCAGCAACGCUAAGGACCAGACGAUGAAGUUGUGGGACCUGCGUAUGAUGAUGUCUACCGAGCGUUUCGACAAGAUUGAUCCAGAAGAGCACACGACAGGUUUCGACUACCGGUUUGCACCUUACGAUGAAGAGGAGUACGAAGCUCAUCCUCACGACUGCAGUCUGGUCACCUUCCGAGGCCACAAAGUGCUCAAGACGCUCAUCAGAUGUCAUUUCUCGCCACCAGGCAGCACAGGUGGUCGCUAUGUGUACAGUGGAAGCCACGACGGCUCGGUUUACAUCUGGAACAUGGAUGCCACGAUAGCAGGCAAGAUUGACGUACUAGAGGCAACCAGAAACUCACGGCCCGAGCGAGACGAAAGAUAUGUUGACCGCUGGGAGCACGGCGGUGGCCGCAGCCAAUGGAGUACCAUUGUUCGAGACGCAAGUUGGCAUCCUAAUGCUCCAGUGUUGGCUGCAACCUCAUGGAACGGAUGGGACCACGGUCUUGGAACAUGUACGGUACAUACUUGGAACGACGGCAACGACUCGGAUGAAGGCGAACCCAAGAUGGGAGCACGAUUGAACCCACAGCUCGAGCAAGACAGCCGAUACUACGAGGGCACUACUGCAAGCACUGGCCGUACCACAUCAUCACGACGCACGAGGUUUAUGACGCGAGCACAGAUGGCUCGGAAUGACGAAGAGGAAGAGUAG